AUGGCGGACGGGCCUUCGCUCGCCCUGGCCGAGUGGCUCCAAAAACUCCGCCUGGACCAGUACGUCGAGACCUUUGAGCAGAACCAGCUGAGAUGCCUCCAGGACUGCCAGCACCUGACCGACGAGGGCCUCACCCGCCUCGGGGUCCUGCUGCCCGGCCAUCGCAAGCGGAUCCUCUCCGGGUUGAGCAAAUUCUUCGCCGAGUUGCCGUCCAGCGCCGGACGUCCCCAGCUGCCCCCGAGGAGGCCCGUCCCCAAGAAACGCCACAUCUUCCGGACGGCUGGCUCUCUGCCGGACCAAGAGGCCAGGCGUGACUUGGCAGGACCAAGUGGCAAGGAGUCGCCCCCGGAACAGGGUUCCGAAGCCUCCGUCGGCCUCCUCCUUAUUCCUCCACCUAUCCCUCCGAGGACAAAGGACUCCGAUUAUGAGGACCCCCCGUUUGAGGAGGAGAGGGAAACUUUUAUGGAAGAGAUGACUGACAAGAAGGCCACCCCGGAGAGGCGGCGCUCGGCCCGGUUCAACAGCCUGUUCAGCGAAGACGAGCUGGUUGAAGAUUACUUCAAGGAGGAAUCGGAUGUUUACUCCAAACGCUUCAUCCUGGUAGCCUCCAUCUCCCAAGUGUCCAGCAUCGGGGACCAGAAAUUUGAAGUGAUCACCAAUAAUCGGACGUUUGCUUUCCGGGCAGAGAGCGACGCUGAACGCAACGAGUGGAUCCAGGCGGUGCAGAAGAUGGUGGACGAAAAGAAGUCCAGGUGCUUACACAGACCGUCCCGCUUGCAGCCGGCCGGAAGCAGCCUGGACUCCGUGGACAGGAGUGGACCCCUGGAGCUACGAGGUUUUAAAAGCAAGCUCUACGUGGCCGUGGCUGGGGAGAAGGUCUUCCUCUACAAGAACGCCGAGGAAUUCCGGCUGGGGAUCGGCAUCACCUACAUCGAGAUGAACGUGGGCAACGUGAAAGACGUGGACCGAAGGUGCUUCGACCUGACCACGCCUUACCGGAUCUUCAGCUUCAUGGCUGAAUCCGACCAGGAGAAGGAGCUGUGGGUGGAGGCCAUGCAGCAAUCGGUGGCCGAGGCCCUCUCCAACUUCGAGGUGGCCGAGAAGAUCUGGACCUUGAAGGACAACUGCCUCUGCGCCGACUGUGGGGCCCCCAAGCCCGACUGGGGCUCCAUCAACCUCUGCGUGGUCAUCUGCAAGCGAUGUGCAGGAGAGCAUCGAGGGCUGGGACCCAGCGUGACCAAAGUGCGGAGUCUGAAGAUGGACAAGAAGGUCUGGACAGAGGAGCUGAUUGAGCUCUUCCUCCAGAUCGGCAACGCGGUGGCCAACCAGUUCUGGGCUGCCAACGUGCCCCCCAGCGAAAUGAUCGCCCCCGAGAGCCACAGCCAGCAACGGCGGCAUUUCCUGAUCGCCAAGUACCGGGAGGGCAAAUACCGGCGGUACCACCCGCUUUUCGGGAACCAGGAUGAACUCAACAAGGCCCUCUGCACAGCAGUGACCACCAGUGACCUGGCCGAGAGCCUCUCCCUACUCUUCUGUGGGGCCGAAGCCAAUUGCUACACCGGAGACCCGGAUUAUCCCACCCCGGUUGCCCUGGCAGAGCAAGCUGGACAGAGGCUGCAGAUGGAGUUCCUGAUGCAGAACAAGACCUCCGAGACCCCCCAGCUGGACGCUGGCCCCCAGGCUGAGCAGUGCUACUCGGUCAUCUCGCUCUCCGUGGCCCACAAUGGCUUCCUCUACAAGGCGCCCUCCAUGGCCAAGCUGGCCCUCGAACGCAAGUCCCGAGAAGGUGGAAGAGGGAAGGGCUGGGGUGUCUUUCUCCAUCACGCCCAGGCCUCCCUCCCUCCGGCAGCCGAGGGUCUCCUGGGCCGGGACUUCGAGCGCCUGGGGCGCCUGCGCUACAAGGGCGGCCUGAGCCUGGAGCGGGCGCAGGAGGGCUGGUUCGCCCUGGUGGGCUCCAGCCUCUACGCCUUCCUGGAGGGCAGCGGCCGGGAGGAGCUCAUCCAGCUGCGGAAGCUGCAAGAACUCUCCCUCGAGAACGACGUCCUCGUGCUGGUGGAAAGAAGAAGAAUCCCAUACGGGGAGUCCUUGAGACUGACCUCGGAGGGCAUCUACCGGAAGAGCGGGCAAAACUCCAAGAUCACCAGCCUGCUGGAGUCCCUCCGCCGAGACGCCCGCAAGGUCCGGCUGAAGGAGGAGGACCACCAGCUGGACGACGUGGCCAACACCCUCAAGAGGUUCUUCCGGGACCUGGAAGACGGGCUCUUCACCAAGGACUCUGCCCAGGCCUGGCUGAAAGUGCCAGCUCUGGAGGACCUCGCGGAAAGGAUCAGCCGCUACCGUAGACUUCUCAACAGCCUCCCGGUGGUCAACAAAGCCACCAUGAAGGCCUUGAUCAACCAUCUCUACCGCAUCCAGUGUUUUUCUGACGAGAACCAGAUGACCACUCACAACCUGGCCAUCGUCUUCGGGCCAACACUCUUCCAGACGGACGGCAAGGACUUCAAGGCUGGACAAGUGGUGGAAGACCUCAUCAGAUGCUACAUGGAGAUCUUCAGUGUAGGUUGGGCCAAGGAUGAUGGGCCAGCGGGCAUCGCUGGGGACUUCAUCUGCACGGUGUAUCUGGAGGAGAAGAAGAUGGAAGCCGAGCAGCACGUGAAGGUGGGCGACAGCAAACACGGCUUGAUGAAGUUCCGGGAGGAGAAGAACGUCCUCGGGUUGGGACUCAGCACCGGCUUCCACGACCGAUACUUCAUCCUCAACAACCACUCCCUCCGCCUCUACAAGGAGGUCCGGGAUGUUUUCGGCCCUGUGUCCCUUGACUGCCGAACACAGGUGCAGGCUGUUGAGGGGCACGGAGGCAACGUCUGGCCCUCGGAGUCCUCCAAGAUCCGGACGCCUCAGACGCAACCGGACUCUCGGCUGGGCAACGUCUCCCUGAUCCCCCUGCGAGGCAGCGAGAACGAGAUGCGGAACAGCGUGGCGGCUUUGGUGGCCGAUCCCUUGACGCUCCUUCGGGAUGUGUGA